GGUUCCCACGGAAGGAUCUAUUCUGCACCAGCUUCGAAGGCUCUCACAGAAGCCUUGCCAUUGAACAACUUUUUAGCAAUGUAAAGCCUGCUUCACAAUCAGCGUGUGCAGCAAGGCAACAUCAUCACUCGCUGGACAGGAUGCGAUCGCACCAUCGCUAUGUGUACAUGGGCGCCAUUGCCACCUUUCUGAUGAUACUGGGCGAGCUGCUGUACUUCGGGACACCAAGAUGGACCAAAGGCCUCGUACACACGACGUUCGGGCGUGCGAAACCUGCACAGCCCUCGGACGUCUUCUUGGUCUUCCGUACUGGUGCAACAGAGAUGCAUACCAAACUGCCAGCACACGUUAAUACCACACUGACUCUGGCCGAGCACGCAAUGAUAUUCGCAGAUGUCACCCAAGAAUUUGCUGGAUACACUAUACACGAUGCCCUUGAAAGCGUAUCUGAAGAGACAAAGACCAGUAAUAACGACUUCCGCGUUUACCACCAGAUACAACAACACAGGGAAGAGAGCGCCUUCUUGCAAGGAUUGCCAGCUAAAGAAGCCUGGACCCUCGACAAGUACAAAUGGCUCCCAACGAUCCACAGAGCAACAGUGGCAAUGCAAACGACGGACGCCAAAUGGAUGGUUAUUGUGGAGGCUGACACAAGCCUGUCGUGGACAAAUUUGCUACAUUGGCUUGGUUCAUUGGACGCAUCGAAGCCGCACUACCUUGGAGCCAGGAAUUUUGUUUUCAGUGAUCCCUUCUCGCACGGUGGCAGUGGUGUGCUGAUUUCUCUCCCGGCGCUGCAACUCUUACAGCAGAAACGCCUGGCUGAGGGUGCAGCCAAAUUCGAUUCAGCAUGGGAGGCCCGUUGCAAUACACCUCGAAUUCUGUACGGCGACCUCGCUUUAGGCCUAGCAUUGAAAGAGGCUGGCGUUGCUCAGGAGCAAGUCUGGCCAGUCCUUCAAGGAGAGCAAGUGUCGACUAUGGGUUGGGACAAGCAAGUCUGGUGUCGAACUCCCAUCUCAUGGCAUCACAACAGCCCUGAAGAGGUAGAUGCACUCUGGAGAUUCGAAAGGGACUGGAUAAACACGCAUGCCCCAGGAUCGACAUUCUUCUUCGGCGAUGUCUUUCAACACUUCGUGAAGCCGUAUAUUGGAGAGGAUCGUAGAAAAUGGAACAAUCUUGCCCAGCGUCGAAAGCUUGUGCACACAGACUCUCUUACUCCCGAUGACAAGGACCUGGAAAAGUACUCGGAGCUAAAUGGGCAGGAGCAAGAGGCGACACGAUCUCCAGAGGCUUGCGCGGCGGCUUGCGCGAACGAAGGACGGUUUCCGUGUAUACAGUGGGCAUUCACUCCAGGUCGCUGUCAUUUGGAUCACCUUAUCCGAUUGGGCAGUUCCACAGAGCAGGAAGGAACGCAAUGGACCUCGGGAUGGAUUCCAGAUCAAGUGGCAUCAACCAGCGCCCAGAUGAUGGCAUGCAUCCCUUGAGCCUUGCUCCAUAUAGGAGUACGAAAUUGACCAAUUGACACCUAAAAUUUAUGAGCGACAUCGCAUGGGCAACAGCGUGUCGGUCUUGGAAUGUGAAAGACAAUGGAAAAUUGCGAGGCCAUCAAGCGAACUCGGUUGAAUGGAGUACCCUAGCGAUUCCAAUUUCCCUCCUGUUCACUGGGCGGCAUACUACAUCACGAAAAGACAGUCCAGCUCUAGUCUGCGGAACUGGUCAUGAGCCCGCGUUGGACACGAUCAGCUGCACGGUCCCACCCGGCCAGACAUGAAGCCCGAUACCGACUACUUUCGGUGCUUCUGGAUGUGCGCUGGCACACCAGCGCUU